AUCUUGGACACUCAUCCGCUCUAGCAAACCUCGUCUGUACUACCCGAUCGCGACUUCGCGCCUCGCUCAUCGUCAACCACGACUAUCGACUGAACCUCAUUUGCUAUACCCCACUUUCCUUUGACUUCUCUCAGUCGUCUUGCAGAACUAUUCAGUGUCAACACUCACUCCCCGAGCCUGGUCAGCCGCUGCGACGUCCCAAAAGUCUGAACGCGAACGUGACAUGUGCAGAAUGAGGUGGCUGCGAUGGUAGGACAAGGGAGGGGCGAGGGGAGCGAAAGCGGGCGCGUAGACCGCGAUAUUGGGUACUUAUGCCGUUGUUCAAUGCGCUCAUUACUUACGGUCUCCUUUUAUAUUGCCCGCGUGAACAGGUGCAUUCAUCAGUGCUCUGCUCUUGCGCACUCCCUCGCCCGUGCAUCUGCUGGUCUACGCACCCAGUCGAUCACUCCUGCACAGCUGCCCUUCCCGACCCCUACAUCCGCAUCGGGCCUCCAGGCCCUCGCGCCAGCGGACGAUGCGGAGUUACGCACCGCGCAGCUCGAUGCCAGUGUGAGCAGCAAAGCGAACCUCCACGUGAGUGUCAUGCAGGUCGAGAAGGUGCUGAACGCGAGUGUUCUUGACUAUUUAUACAACAGCGCGCUGGCGUUUGUCCCCUCAACAAUCUGUUCUCCUUCGACUACAGCAAGUUACAGACGAAUGUUACCGCACCUGCUUUGCUCGGGCAGCUUUACGGCCUGCUCCGAGUCCUCGAGAAAGGGACGAAGUAAAUGAUCAUGAACGUCAGCUUGAGCCUAGUAGCGAGCCUCGUGAGGGACGCCGGUGCGACAACUGCGACGUAUAGCAUGAACAAGACCAUGCUCAACAUGCUGGUGCAUUGCUCUCCCAGCACCCGAUCAGUUGCCCGCAUGUCCGCAUGUCCGGCUGUGUACACGUCUAUUCACUUGCAUGUGCGCACGCGGGCUCGUUCAUCCGCACAUCCACAGACAUCCACCCGCCGACUGACUACCCACUUGCGAGUACCUCGGCCAUCUACCCAUCUGUUGCUCGCCUGCGUGACUCAUUCGUUUGCCCUUCCCAGGCCCUUAUUCCGAUUACUUGAACAGCAUAGGACACUUAUGCGCGGAUACUGAGGAUGCGGAACACACCUUCCGCAAUGUAUGUAGCAUUCACGUCAAUACAUGCCCCUUGAUAGGUACACUUGUC